ACGCCCGAGCCACGGUCGCAGCAGCGCUAACGGGAGCGCCCACCACCGCCGCCGCCCGCCUCGCUCGCUUUCGCCCCCGGCCUCUCCUCACCCCUUCCCUUCCCCCUUCCCGUCACACUCGGGGGGCUGUGAACGAGCUGCCAUGUGAUGCGCGUCCCCCCCGAGAGCUUUCGGUGACCCCCUGAAUCGCCCACCCGCGCCAGCUGCCGGGAGGCGGCUGCAGGCUGCGAAGACGCGGGGAAGAGAAGGCGGAAAAGGACGCAAAGUUCUCCCGCGAGUUUUAGGUCCUGCACCUUGACAGCUCACUGGGAUUUGGCUCUUCCUUCUUCCCUUGUGUUGGAUUCUCUGCUGACCACCCUGCGCAUGACUUAUAGAGGAAGAAAGCUGGUGAAACCACUGACAAAAAGUUCAGCUCUCUGCUUCAGGAACUGAGACCUCCAGGAACAAGGAAAUUCUUCAAGAGCUGCCUCACUUUGUGACAUGUCUGAUCUCUUGCUCUCAUCUCUGCAGCAUGAACAAGGUGGACUCUCACUAACCUAUCACAAGGUUGCCCUGUCAAGCUUUGGGGUCCAUGUCUGAAUGGAUUGCUGUGGCCUCCUCAUCUCUCCCUUCAUCCAGUUCCCUGCAUCCUAAGACUCGAAGCCAGGACAGGACCUGGGAAAAUUAUAUGGUGUGAACGGCAUGUCUGUGGAUGAGAAGCCUGACUCCCCCAUGUACGUGUAUGAGUCCACAGUCCACUGCACCAACAUCCUCCUGGGCCUCAAUGACCAGCGGAAAAAGGACAUUCUCUGUGACGUGACUUUGAUCGUGGAGAGGAAGGAGUUCCGAGCCCAUCGGGCCGUGCUGGCUGCGUGCAGUGAAUACUUCUGGCAGGCUCUGGUUGGACAGACAAAAAAUGACUUGGUGGUCAGCUUGCCUGAAGAGGUCACAGCCAGGGGCUUUGGGCCGCUGUUACAGUUUGCCUACACUGCCAAGCUGUUACUCAGCAGAGAAAACAUCCGCGAGGUCAUCCGCUGUGCGGAGUUCCUGCGCAUGCACAACCUGGAGGAUUCCUGCUUCAGCUUCCUGCAGACCCAGCUCCUGAAUAGUGACGAUGGCCUCUUUGUGUGUCGAAAGGACACUGCGUGCCAGCGCCCCCAUGAGGACCACGAGAACUCUGCAGGAGAAGAGGAGGAAGAAGAGGAAGAGACCAUGGAUUCAGAGACAGCCAAGGUGGCUUGCCCCAGGGACCAGAUGCUCUCACACCCCAUCAGCUUUGAGGCCACUGCCAUCCCAGUAGCAGAGAAGGAAGAAACUUUGCUCCCUGAAUCGGACGUGCCCACAGACACCAAGGAAAACUCGGAAAAGGAUGCGUUGACACAGUACCCCAGAUACAAGAAAUACCAGCUUGCAUGUACCAAGAAUGUCUAUAAUGCAGCAUCACACAGUACCUCAGGUUUUGCAAGCACAUUCAGUGAAGAUAGCCCUGGCAACAGCCUCAAGCCAGGGCUUGCCGUGGGGCAGAUUAAAAGUGAGCCACCCAGUGAAGAGAACGAGGAAGAGAGCAUCACUCUCUGCCUAUCUGGAGAUGAGCCUGACAUCAAGGACAGAGCUGGGGAUGUGGAGAUGGAUCGCAAGCAGCCCAGCCCUGCCCCGACCCCGACCACCCCCACUGGAGCCACCUGCCUGGAUAGGGGCAGGAGCGUGUCCUCACCUUCCUGCUUAAGGUCUCUGUUCAGUAUAACAAAAGGUGUAGAGUUGUCUGGCCUGCCCAGCACAUCUCAGCAGCACUUUGCCAGGAGUUCAGCAUGCCCUUUUGACAAGGGGAUCACUCAGGGUGACCUUAAAUCUGACUACACCCCUUUCACAGGGAAUUAUGGACAGCCCCCCGUGGGCCAGAAGGAUGUGUCCAACUUCACGAUGGGGUCUCCCCUCAGGGGACCUGGGAUGGAGGCGCUCUGCAAACAAGAGGGAGAGCUAGAUCGGAAGAGUGUGAUCUUUUCCUCAAGCACUUGUGACCAAGGGAGCACCUCUGUGCAUUCCUAUUCUGGGGCAAGCAAUUUGGACAAAGACCUCUCUGAGCCGGUGCCAAAAGGUCUAUGGGUGGGAGCUGGUCAAUCCCUCCCCAGCUCACAGGCCUACUCUCACAGCGGACUGAUGGCUGACCACUUGCCAGGCAGAAUGCGGCCUAACACCAGCUGCCCCGUGCCAAUCAAAGUCUGCCCUCGCUCACCUCCCCUGGAGACCAGGACCAGGACUUCCAGCUCCUGCUCCUCCUAUUCCUACGCAGAGGAUGGGAGCGGGGGCUCGCCCUGUAGCCUCCCUCUCUGUGAGUUCUCCUCCUCACCCUGUUCCCAGGGAGCCAGAUUCCUUGCCACAGAACAUCAGGACCCAAGCCUGAUAGGAGAUGGAAUGUACAACCAAGUCCGACCCCAGAUUAAAUGUGAGCAGUCUUAUGGAACCAACUCCAGUGACGAAUCUGGAUCGUUCUCGGAAGCAGACAGUGAGUCGUGUCCCGUGCAGGACAGGGGCCAGGAGGUCAAACUUCCUUUUCCAGUGGAUCAAAUCACAGACCUUCCAAGGAAUGACUUCCAGAUGAUGAUUAAGAUGCACAAGCUAACCUCAGAACAGCUAGAGUUCAUACAUGAUGUGCGGCGGCGCAGCAAGAACCGCAUUGCGGCGCAGCGCUGCCGCAAGAGGAAACUGGACUGUAUUCAGAAUUUAGAAUGUGAAAUCCGCAAAUUGGUGUGUGAGAAAGAGAAACUCUUGUCAGAGAGAAACCAACUGAAAGCAUGCAUGGGGGAACUGCUGGACAACUUCUCCUGCCUCUCCCAGGAAGUGUGCCGAGACAUCCAGAGCCCUGAGCAGAUCCAGGCCCUGCACCGCUAUUGCCCUGUCCUCAUACCCAUGGAUCUUCCUGGAGCCUCCAGUAUUAACCCCCCUCCCUUGGGUGUUGAGCAGAGCCUUGCAGCCUCCCAGUGUGCAGUGGGGGAAAAUGUGCCCUGCUGCUUGGAGCCAGGUGUGGCUCCCCCCGGACCCCCCUGGGUACCAGGCAACACCUCUGAGAAUUGUACCUCUGGGAGGAGAUUGGAAGGUACUGACCCAGGGAACUUCUCCGACAGAGGACCUCCUCUGGAGCCCAGGAGCCAGUCGGUGACUGUGGACUUUUGCCAGGAAAUGACUGAUAAGUGUACAACGGAUGAACAGCCUAGGAAAGACUACACCUAGGAACUCAGAUCUGCCUCCCAACCUUCACACCUCUCCCAUCCAGGUGUUCUUCAGUCAGCCUGUGGCACUGUACAUCUGUUGUCUGGAAGAACCAAGAACAAAUCUGGUGCACACUACAGCGGUCUUAGCAGCAAUACUGUUCUGAAGUAUUCCCUGCUCUCUUCAAGCAGGAGUCAUAGAUAGUUCCCUUCACAAUGGUGCUACCCCUUGCUCAGGCAAGGAAAGACAACAGUGCUGACACUGUCUGUCUGUGGGUUUAUUUCAGUCUUCACAGGGAUAGACGACAACACCUCUAGGACCCCACCACGGAUUUUUUUUCUCAGUGGCCCAUGUCACAAACCCUAUCUCAGGAAUAUCUUCUGAAUGUUCAAUUUUUUUCAUUGAUGACAGCUUCUAUACACAUCAAAGUUUUAUAGCUAGACUGUACAUAGUAUAUAUAAUAUAUAUGAAAUAUAUAUCCAUAUGCAAAAGUCCUGCAUGCCUCAGUUUUUUUUUCAUCCUAAAACUGGAAACUUAUUUCUCAUUUAUAAACAGGUUCCAACAUUCCUCUUCUUUUGUCUGUAGUGCUAGAACUAGUUUGGUAACCAUCAACCUGCUCAUUUUUCUUGCUUCAUGGUUCAAUUUCAAUUUGUACUUAUUUAUGGACAAAAUUCAAUCAUGUUGGAAGCUUUUUUUUUUUUUGUAAAGUUUAAUUCAGGCUUUUUCUCUUUGAUUUGGGUUGGGCACCACCAAAUGGUGUCAUGUGAGCAUUGUGGGUUCGUGCUUUGUAGGGGGUUGUUUUUUGUGUUGUUUUUGUUGUUGUUGUUUUCUUCUUGCAGAUACUGUACAGUAAUGGUCAAUUCUGCCACUUGCACUGAGUUUGGGGUCAAACCUAUUUUCUUAAAUGAAGUUGUAACUUCAGUGUAACUCAAGUAUACUGUAUUUUCUUUGCUUUUUAGUUAAAAAGUAAAACAGUUUAGCUAAUUAAAAAGCACUCAGGUGAUAAUUAUGUAGGAAAAAAAAUACAAUCUUGCCAAAUAAUGAAUCCAUCCUAGGAUGUGUAAACAAUAAUCCGCUUGAAUAUUUUUCUAUCUCACCUCCUCCCCAGCUUGCCCUAUGUAAAAUUUCACUGCAGAUCAAGCUCGGAGUUGAUGCUGGAGGGUCAGUUUCCUAACCGGGGAGGAUUUAGAUGUCUCACUCAAGAGUACAUCACAACAGCAGAAAUCUGAAACUUUGUACCGGAACUCGACAGGCAUUGGCUCCUAGAAAUCAAGGUAGAACUAUUUCUUACCCAGGGAGUAUGUCACAUUCAUUUCAGCACUUCAUCCAGCCUUGGCUUGCUCUUGGAAGUGUUAGACAGUAGGACCUUCUCCUUUGAAGGAAGUGGCUAAUAAGCCACCCCACUUUCCUACCAGGAUUACCUCCCAGGACAUCUACCUGAGAGGAUUUGAGUCAUGGCCUGGGUGUUCUGCCUUUAAGUGGCAGCUCCUAGGUUAAUGCAGCUUGUAAAAGUAGGAGAGAGCAGGGCAGAUUUAAGCCUGAGAUCUACCCCUGACACAGGCUAACAUAUUUCUUUCUCCUCUCUUCCUCUAAAUGCUUUGAGUUGUACUCUGAGGUUUUUCUGCUGGUCUCUUGUCUGCAGGCAGCUUCAUACUGAAGCUUUAGACAAGGCAUCAGCCCUUCUUGCACACACACACCCUACCCUCACCUGAGGGUUUGCUUCCCUUGCUGUAAAGUUGGUUGGCUUGCAACUCAGACAGAGCAGCUUUCCUGGCUCUGGGGUGUCCUGGCCCUGGCCGUGUUGACAGGAAGGUGUGCCCCAAGGAGGAAUCAGCUCUCUCCUUCCAAUGGUCCCCUCUUCUCUAGUUCAGCAGCCUGAGGGCCACUCUAGCCUGGCUGUGCAAGGCAGUCCAGAACAGUUUGAUGUGGGGAUGGGGUGGUGGGCAGGUGGGGGAAUAGAUGAUUGACUUUGUUUCUUGAUUUGUGCCAUUGUUUUGGACAAUAUUUAAAGCUGCAUGUAAAAGGAGAACUUUAGUAUAUGAUUAGUAGGCAAAAAAAGUGAAAUCAUAGUAACCUAUGUUUUAGUAUUAUUAACUUCUUUCUGUACAAAUAGUAGCACUAAAUGUUUGAAUAUGUAUGAAUGCCAGAAAUGUGUUAGUUCAUGCAGUAGGGGUUUUUUUAAGGCUUUUUCUUUUCAAGUAGUUCCACUUUUAAAACCUGCCUCUGGGUUUUCAUGUCCUCGUGUGUGUGUGUGUGUGUGUGUGUGUGUGUGUGUGUGUGUGUGUGUGUGUGUCAGAGAAAGAUUUGGAGAAAUCACUGCGUUGAAGCUACCAUUUUUGUUCUGCUUGUUGGAAUUUCUUGGCCUAGUCGAACAGUUCUGUAUUUCACCAGUUUUGCCUUUGUGGGAAACUGGUGACAGCUAGAAUUUUAACUCAAUGUGAAUCACAUGAUACUAUAACUAUAACUAUACUAUCAUAUGAUAUAUAACUAUGCUUUAUGGUGGAGCAGUUAGAAGACAGUAUUUUAUUUUUUCACUUUCAUGUUGCCUUUUUAAGUGCUCUCUUUUGGAAAACAAGGAAUGUGUUCUGCUCAUACCACAAGCAGAUGCAAACCAGCUUCUUGGCUUGAUUUGCUCCAGUAACAACUCAUGUGCAACUGGUAGGAUUGACCUUGUUCCAUCCGUUCUCCUGAUUUGGGUUGUUUGGUAGCCCAGACAUGUACCCCAGACAUGCUAGGAGGGAAAGGGUCUUUAUUGCUCUCCACCUGAUUCCACCCUCAUCUUCCUCUCACCAGUUCCUGACUGCUUGAUUUCCUCUUCAACCACCCAGCAGUAGGAACUGGUUUUAAACAAAGAAAAGAGAAAAAAACACAUUACUCUAAAAACUAUCAUUCUACUCCUUUGAUAUUUUUUAACAAAUUAUUUCCUUUAUCAUCCACCAUGAACAGCUACUGGAAUUGUUUAUGUGAUAUGUCUGUGUCUUUUACUAUUCUAAACCAUUGCUUGUCAAAAUUGUCUCUAGGUUGAUUCAAAGGGAUGACUCACUAGGGACCAAAAUCCAAAUUGCCUCAAAUGAAAAUUUUAAAACCUAGUCUGUCUCCUUCCCUGGGAUCCCUGAGUCAAUCCUAAACCUUUUAUGAAAAGGAAAAGCAAGAGAACAGAAGGAAAAAUAUUUGCACACUAAGGUGACAUUUAACUGGUUUUUUUUCCAAUGGUCCUUCCUUAUAAAUAAAGGAAGUUCCAAUCAUGGGCUAUUUACAGGGGUCUCUGUGACAGCUUGGUUGAGUGUCCCAAUGGCUAGGGUACACAUGGGUUGUUGGGGUGACUAAUUAACAGCACCUAAACCUAGUCCUCCCUUUGGAUCAGCUUUUGUUCUACUUAGGUCUCUGGACAACCUCCGUUCAUUCAGGUUCGUCCGGCUUUGGGCAGGUGAGUGCUUUACUGUAUGUGUUUCUCUGCGUUAUCUGGGGGUGCCUUGAAUAAAAUCGAACUUCAUUAUAUACUGAUUCUGGAACAAAGCAGUUGCAAACAUUUUUUUAAAGCUGGCAAAGUUACUAGGCCAUCCUGCUACUUCUCUUCCAGGUUCCCUAACCAUGACUCAGGCGUCAGAGGUGAUGCUGCCGUAGAAAAACGUUAUUUUAUAUGUUGUACAAGUAAUUUAUUGACUUUCGUUUAAAGGUAUGCUGCUUUUUAAGGUGCACUAUAAUUUUGGAUGUGAUCCUUGCAUUGCUUUCCCAAGGAAGUAAAAAAAAAAAAUCUAGUGACUAAUAUGCCAAUUGCAAAUCUCCUUAAAAAGGAGCCCGGGACCGACCACAGGACUUGCGUGAGAGGACUGCCUAACACCUAUGCUUCCUGUUGCUUUAAUACCUUAUGAUUGCCACUGUGGUAGAAGAAAAAGAAGACACAGACCAAGGGUUUGUAAUCAUAAGGCUUUUAAGAAACAGCAAAAUCCUACAUCCUAUGGAGUAAUGUAAUCUUCUCAAAAUGAGUAUAAACCUACAAAGGCUAGUCAAGUCUUUAUUUGACAACCUAUUUCUUCACAUCAUGCCCCAUUCAAACUAGUAGCUUAAUUGACUUCAAACUUCUCCACUAUUGCUUAUAGUGUAGGGAGAAUCUCCGCUCUGGCAGGAAGCAAGAAUCAAGUUUUGCCCUCAAAGCACCAAAAAAUGAAAAAAAAAACAGAUGAAAGAACAAGAUAUCUUCUUAGAGAAUAAAGCUGUUUGUUGUUAUCAUGUUAGUAUCCUUUCCCAAAGGUGAGGAUUUUAUUGUAGGUUCAAUUUCUGGCAAGUCAGUCCGUGCCACAAUGCCCUGUCCAGAGAGGAAGUCUGUGCAUGCGGGCAUCUCGUGUUCCACAUGUGUGUUUAUGACACUGCCCAAGCCAUCUCAUGACCCAAGCAUCAAAGGCAGAUGCUGUAGACUAGGAUAUAUUUGUGAAUAGUGUGUGCAAAUAGUAUUUGUACAUAGAAAAGACUUGUGGCAGAUCAAGGAUAAAUUAUUCAGCUGACAGUGCAAAAAAGAAAAACAGUACUUGCAAAGAAAAGUAAGUGUAUAGUAUUUUCCUACACUCCACCCUGGGAGAUAAUAUUUAUAUCAAAUAAAUAUCAGUACAUUUUAAUUGUGAUAUGAAAAUGAUGCUGCCAUUUUUUGUGAAAAAUACCCACUUGGUUGCAGAGGCCAACUUUUGUAAGCUUUGAUUUAAUGUCGUGACAUGGUGUAUGCAUUAUUCAAGCAAUGGACAAACAACGUUUAUUCCACAUUAUUGACCUCAGAUAAAACAGUGGCCCUUCAUUGACACUGAAGUGCAGCGAGACCAUUCAUAUCAGGUAGACUCCCAUUCCGUGCCAAAUGCUCCCACGGGGACAAUCAGACAUGUAUUUAAGGAAAGAAAGAAGGAACCUGGACAGAGAAGGGUUUUCCUACAGAUUGAUGCAAAACCUGCUACCAAAACAUGUCUGGAGGCGGAGGGUUGGCCUCCACUUGAGUCCUAACGAUGCAUUUGGGGUGUGCGGAUGCUGAAAUGCUCAUUGACACAAGAACCUGGCACCUGUGGUGAGUUACCAGGAAGAUUGCAAAUGCAUUUGGGAGCUUCAGGUGCUUGUUAGACACAGUGAACCAUUCACGGCGAGAAGGCCUGUGAGAAUUUGUUCCAGAACCAGUCUAAUGCAAGUGCACCUCUAACAUAUGCCUUACAAACUCCAGAGGCCAUAUUCAAAACAGGGUCUUCUCAGUGUAUGCAAGGGGCUGCAGCCCCUCUCCUCUUCCUCCCCAGGUCGAACAAUAUGGACAGUUUUCACACAUAUCUACCUGUAUAACCCUCUGUACCUCUCAUAACUGGUCAACGACUGUAACAGGUUACAUCAGGUGUUUUUCUACAUACUUUUUACACAGAUUCUAUGCGAUUAAUGUAACUUAAUUCAAUGCAUCAUUUUAUUGUACUAGUUCUUAGGCUUGUCCUUUUUUUUCCUAAGUGAUUGUGGUUUUUCUUGUGGUUUUUAUUGUAAAGAUGAAAUGGCUGUUGAUGCUUAUUCUCUGUAACUAAGAAUUUUUACCUUUUGGGGGAGAAAAAGCAUUGCUAUGAACUAAUGAAUUGAAACUUCAUUUACUCAUUGUAAAUACACUAUUGUGCAAAAAAUUCACUCAGUUGAAUUGCUAGUGUUAAUUGAAUUUUUGUCUAGACACCAUUUCUGUUGAUGAAAUAAAGACAUAUCAUUAUGCAUUGUAAA